AGUUUUUCAGGAUGGGUAAAGUAGUCGCAGUAGCAGAAGAAAAGAAUCCUCGUUCAGCUGUGCAGGAGAAACCAAGCUUGUGGAAUAAGUUCUUGAUGUUUAUGCUGUCACCAGCUGAUCCAUCCAAUCUUGCUGUGUUGAGAAUUGCAUUUGGUAUGUUUAGUUUUUACUGAUCGUAUUUUAUAUUCUAAUAAUAUUUUACAUAACCUGGUUCUCAGCCAGUUAACCCUUAAAUGCGAACAUCAGUUUUCUUGUUCUCCAUACUGUUCUUACACAUUUCCUUAAGUACUGAUGAGGAGAAUUUGUUUAACAAUCAAAAGUCCUCCUUUAGGCGGUGAUCAUUUCUUUUAUUCUCAUGACCUGAAUGUUUGAUUAAGGGUUGACACUUUUGGGAGAAAUUAGAUGCUUAUCACUAUUCCUAAUAUUUGCUCAAAUUACCUCCCAUAGGUGACCAAGAUAGAAUUUCCCCUACAAUAUCAAUACAGUAUUAAGAAGACAAGUUAUUAGAAUAAAGAAAAAUAUCAAUUAGGGGAUUAUUAGUUGAUCCAAUACUAAAUUGUCAGAACUUAUAUUAUGAGAAUUGUAUGGCAGACAGUAAGGAGAAUUACUAAUGAGAUCUUGUUCUCCAGGAUUGCUCAUGAUGGUUGACAUUCCUCAAGAGCGCAGCAUGUUAUUCAUUGAGGCACACUUUGGAGGAGACACCUGCCACUUUCCUCUGUUCAACUUCAUCAGACCUCUACCAGUUGACUGGAUGCAUGUUGUUUACCUCAUUAUGUUCCUUGGAGCUUGUGGAAUUUUCUUGGGAUUUAUGUUUCGUUUAAGCUGCUUGUCCUUCUUGAUAACCUACUGGUAUAUAUUCCUGCUAGAGAAGUCGCGUUGGAAUAACCAUUCAUAUCUGUAUGGAUUAUUUUCAGUGAUGCUUCUGCUAAGCAAUGCCAACUGUUACUGGUAAGUUUCAAUCCUGUUUUGCUAAAAUGAACAAUUUUUUCAUCUGUCAGCAUGCCUCAUGGAAAUUGAAGUAUGUGGAAGUUUGUGAGCAGGCUUCCUCUUUAUUUGCACAGCAAGAUGCAAGUUUCUCUGCCCACCUGCAGGGAGACUUGAGAUAAAUCAGGGAGAGUUUUGCUGCGGAAUGUUGAAGCUUUGAAUUGAUUGACACAUAAGAUACACUGGUGAAUUCUGAUUUGGUGGUUUUUUUUUUUCAUUCAAUGAUAAAUGAAAUGGUUAUUUUUUUUAAAAUAUUUUCAUUCCUGUUACUCAUCACUUCAUUUUUUUCAGGUCUGUGGAUGGGAUUUUAAAUCCCACGAUAAAGAAUUCCCAUGUUCCAAAGUGGAACUAUGUUUUGCUGCGUUUUCAGGUAAAUUAGUUUUUUUAUAGCCCAUGUUCUAAGGAUUAUAACUAUACUUAUCAUAUACAAUGUAUAGUUCAAGUCCAAGGUAUUUACAAGCUAAACCCUUAACAGCUAAACAUCAGAUGAGUGUGCAUAUUCUCCAUACUGUUCUUUAUAGAUAUCCUAAGGUGUUAGCAAAGAGAAUUUAUUUAACACCAGAGAUAGAGCCCCUUUAGCAGGUGAUCAUUUCCUUUAUUCUGUUGACCUUAAUGUUUUCUUCAGCAAUGAUAAUGUAAGGAGAGAUUAGCUGCUAGUCACACAUAGGAGUUGAAAGGUUUCAUUACACCCAUUUUGAAAUCACUGGUGGUCCCUGUAAUCUGAUUGGGUCUAAUUGGUGCGAUUUAUUCACAAAUCACACCAUUUUUUGCUUUAAAUCGCAUCAUUUUCCCAGCAAAUGAGAAGGCUACACUGAAAACAAAACAACCAAUCAGAUUUCAAGGCUUGUUUAAAGUAACCAAUGUAAUUGCAGGAAAAUGAAAGACAAAGAGCAUCAUGUGGCAAAUUUUGCAACCUUUGUUUCCAAAACUCUUGUUUUUUCCCCUUAAAAAAUGGAUGAAUUUAAUUUCAAACUUGCUCAGUACUGCAUCAAUAAAAUAUUUGAACCAACCAUGUCCUGUACUUGGGCAAUUUCAAAAUGGAUGUAAUAAACUGGUAGUUGAACCUUGUACCGUUCAAUUUUAGUCUAAAAUCAUACUUCUGAUUUCAAAUUGAACUUGCACUGUGUGCUCACUCGAUUUUGAAAUCACACAUAUGAUUUCAGCCCAAAUUGCACUCCACUCAGUUUAAUUACAAUUAUAAAUGGUACAAACAUGGCAGAUUGAAGCUCUCAAAACUAGGAUAUUCAAGUGAAAGCUCACUGUUUUCUUCAUAUGGUUUGCGAGGCACAUCUGAAAAAAUAACUGUCAACGACACUGCCUCCUUUUGAUAAUCCCCCUGCAAUAAGGUUUGUAUGAACAGCAGAUAGAUUGCUGUGAUAUCUCAGCCAGGUCCUUCACUUUGACAAGCUCAGCCAAAAACUAACCCUUUUACCCCUAGAAAUAAUGAACUUGUAACUUUUCCCUUUGAUAUCCAUACAUUAUACAACAUACAUUUGAUAUCCAUCUGGCAAACAGGUGAUUAGAAUACUCAAACUUAUCACGUAAAAGUUGUUAUCUCGAUCUAGCACUAAAUUCAUGUUACUAAUUAACAAGAAAAUGUGUAGCAGCAUGAUGAGAGAAUUAACAAUCAGAUCUUGGGAGUUAAAGUUGUAGUGAAACACACUCCUAAAUCUUCACAAACUUUAUCAACCCUUUAAUAAUUAUUGCUAAGAGUGACUAGCAUCCUAUUUUUCCCAACAGUAUAACCCCUGCAUCACAAAUAUUCUCUUGAUUGAUAAACAAAUUCUCCUCAUCAGCACCUUAGGAAAUGUUUGGAAAACAGUAUUGAGAAUAUGCAUACUGAUGUUAGGGUGUAGAGAGUUAAAGGUUAUAACAAUAACCAAAAAUUAUGUUUUCUUAAUCAGUAAUGUCAAAUAAAUUAGACUAAGUGAAAUUAGAUUUGAGGAUAGUAAACACAUAUCUUUCUGCUUGGUAGGUAUUUCUGGUGUAUUUUUACGCUGGUUUGAAGAAAAUUGACAUGGAUUGGAUGACUGGGUAUUCUAUGACAGGUCUCUCACGCCAAUGGGUGUUUGAUCCAUUCCGUUCUUUCCUUGAUGAUGAAGCUAUUGACCUUUACCUUGUCCAUCUCGGAGGACUGUUCUUUGACUUGUUCGAAGGCUUUCUUCUAAUUUUCGACAAGACACGCCCCAUUGGAAUCUUCUUUGGAGCCAUGUUCCAUGGAAUGAACUCUCAGAUGUUUCACAUUGGUAUGUUUUCAUACACCAUGUUGGCUACUUUAUUCUUGUUUUGUGCUUAUGACUGGCCCAAGAAGCUCUUUUCGUGCAUGCCCACCUUCAUGAACAUGAUUUUACCUUCAAAAGAAGAACCUCAAGUCAGUGCACAUUGUGUGUAUCAGGAAUCAGUCAAAGGUACAGUGAACGGCAAAGAACAAAGCAGUGAACAGAAGCCUUCAAAGAAAAGCAAAACAGCAACAUUUAAACAGAAGGUGUUUGUGCUCAUCGCUCUUUUUUAUAUUGGAGUCCAGCUCUUUCUUCCAUAUUCACACUUUGUUACAAAGGUAAGAGAACAUACGCAAUUCAGCAUUGUUGUAUGUUAUGUGACUUUUCAACCCUUUCACUCCCAGUUGUGAUCACCAAGCAAUUUCUCCUUACAAUAUCCAUACAAUUUCAAGUAAAAAGGUAACAAGAAGAAAGAAAAACAUCAGCAAGGAGAUAUUGCAUGAUUUGACUUCAAAUUCUCAGAACUAGAAUCACAUGCAAUGUAUGGAGAUGGUAUAGAGAAUUCAUUUGUAGAUCUUGGGAGUUAAAGACCCAAAUGAUAGAGACCUUGAAUAGUAUUUUUUAUGUACUGAUCACCAGUUUAUGAUGAAUUAGCUGGUUGGUUUUUUCAGUAUAACCCUUUAACUCCCAGAAGUGAUUAACAGGAAACUUCUCCCUAUAAUAUCCAUACAUUAUUCUGCAAACAGGCAAUGAGAAUAUUCAAACUUAUCAGGUAGAAGCUGCUAUCUUGUUCUAGCACCAAGUUCUUAUAACUAAUUUACAAGGAAAUGUUUAGCAGCUAGAGGGGAGAAUUAACAAUCAGAUCUUGGGAGUUAAAGGGUUAAAUAAAGCAUUUAUAAUCAUUAUUAUUAUUAUUAUUAUUAUUAUUAUUAUUAUUAUUAUUGAAUAUGAAGGCAAUCUUGAAUACUACUUAUGCAGAAGUGAAAAUAAGCACUCAUGCAGUACUCUACCAACUGAGCUAAGAUGCCUUGUUACUGCGCAAGUGGUGUUCAUUACUGCAAAGAUCACUUUCCUAUUCACUUCUUUAUCCACAGGCCACAUAUAUGAUUUUCAUAUAUUCAUUGUCAUUUGUUAGAGACCUUGCGAGCCAUUUUAUAAAAGUGCCAACUCUUACUUAUUUUAUUUCACAUCAUUUGAUGUCAGGGUUACAAUGCAUGGACCCAGGGACUGUAUGGAUAUUCAUGGGACAUGAUGGUGCAUUCUUGGAGCACUCAACACGUCAGGGUCAAAGUAGUGGACCAGGCGUCCGGAGAGGUCACCUAUAUAAGGCCCUCGGUAAGAAUCCCAGUUUUCAAAUCGUAUUAUAAUUUUGAUCAUUUAAAACAGAUAACUAAAGUGAAAGCUCAUUAUCAUGAUAGUAAUUGUUAUCGUGAUCGUGAUCGUGAUCGUGAUCGUGAUUGUGAUCAUGAGUAUGAUCGUGACAAAAACAAUGAUCGUAAUUGGGGUGACCGUGACCGUGGGUGUGAUCGUGACGGUGACCGUGACCGUGGUCGUUAACGUCAUCGUCAUCACUUUUUGUUGUUUGUAGGCGUGGUUAAGGGAACAGCGCCAGUCACGCUGGAACUCACACCCAGACAUGAUCAAACAAUACAUGACAUGUAUGACUGAGAAACUGACGGCUCACCAAGAUCUGAACAUCACCAAACCUGCUAUUUAUCUGGACGUGUGGCGCUCAAUGAACAGACGCUUCCAACAGCGUAUGGUGGAUCCAAACGUGGACAUGGUCACGGCACCGUGGUCACCGUUUAAACAGACGCCCUGGAUUCAGCCCCUGCUGACUGAACUAUCUCCAUGGCGGGAGAAGUUGGUUCAGAUCAGGAAAGAGCUGAAGGAGAAGUCUAACUUCAGUGAAAUUACCUUUGUGGCAGACUUUCCUGGCCUUCUUUUGGAGAAUUUUGUGGACGAGGAGCUGAACACAUCUUUGACUCUGCUGCACGGUAAAUUCUCAAAACGUCUUGAAAGUAAUCGGGUUUGCAUUUGUUUUGUGUAACCUCUCCUUCCACCUCACGAUAAGUCCAGGAAACUGGCGCUACCUUAUCAACCAAUCACACGUAAACUAGAACCAGUCACGUGUUGGCCACUGAGGUUUUUCCCGCGCUUCAGCCAGUUCGCUCAUUUCUAUGGACAGUUCAGUUUCGUAAAUUUACGUGCGCGAAUUUUUGCGUCAUAGCGGCUCUGUCUUAUUUCAUCAGAACUUCAGCGGGAAAUCUUCGAGCGGCCGGCCAAAUUGAUCCAUUUGCGCAUGCCUUACGCUCGACUUCUGCAUUUGUGCACCCAACCAUGGCAUUGAAAGAAAUGCGGGCGCACAAACCCAACACGUUCAGAUACUGAAUCGAUUUGCACUUGCUUUUAAGGUCAAGUAAAGGUGGAGUUUAACAAAACAAACCAUACAGUGGAAGUAGGCGGAGAAAUCUCCAUUCCGUCCAAUGACACACACGUGGUGUACACGGUGUCUGAAACGCCCUCGUGUUGGAUGUACAUAUUCACUAACACGACCGAGUGGAACAACGAGACUUUAAGGAACUGGAUUCUACAUCCGGGUAAGUUGCUAUCUAGGCUGGGAAGAUUUUCAGCUCUCAGGACCACUCCUCUCUUUUGUUGAUUUUUCACCUUUUUUUCCUCCGACAGAAACGUCUCCUUCCCAGCAGAAGAAAAUGGCUCUCAAAAACUUAACCGUGUUGGAAAACUUUCGAUUAUUUACUUUAGACAAGUUCUUCGUCUUUCGCCAAACCUUUUUGAAUACGUAUUAUGCUCUGGUCCAUUUGACUUUUGGGAUCGAGUCCGAGUAUUAUGACGAAGAGGAUGACGGGAAUUCAAGCGAGCAGGAGACUGGGCAUAAAGGAGAUCAGGACGAGACUCCAUCCGAGGAUGAUGACACAAGUUAUGUGGGGGACAGUGGAGAACCACAUGAUCAAGGAGCCGAACACAAAGAAAGUUCACAAAGAAAAGAACAGCAGAAACAAGAGUUAUGAAAUAUUUGCUUUAGACUUUUGGUUUUUUAGAUUUUGGUUUUACGUUUGAAAUGAGUUAAGACAGAAGCAAGUAACUUCAUAUGCUUCUGUUUUUUUAAACAGUUGGCUUAAAGAGGGAUAAAUUAGUUAACCAUAUCCAUAAAACGUGAUCAAAAUCUAGUUUUGGAGAGGAUAAAAUGUUCUGAAGUAGUUCUCUUUGAAUGUUUUUCUUUGAAUUCAGAAAAUUUCCCUUGAAUUGAUUCCUCUGUGAGGUUUUGGUUGAUUUUGUUGGUAACCAGUUUACUUUCUCUUGGAGAACAUGAAAAUAUAUUUUGAUUGUAAUGUCUUUUUGAUCUAGUCUCGUUUCCCUAUAUUUGAUUUUGUUUGUUAGCAAGACAUGUUCUCUAGAAGUUUCAUUUUUAACUGAAGUCCUCCAAGGAACAUAUCUUUUCGUGUUGUCAAAUUGUUUCAAAUUUCGCAGAUUUUCCAUUGGUCCGCCAAAAUCCCCUUAAAAAAAUGUCUUGCCCUUUAUUGUGAGCGAAGGUACUCUGUUUGCAGUGCCAGUGGUACAAUGUAGAAAGUCAGCCUUGUAACUUAGGUGCAUGCAGUUCGUUCUUAUGGGAAAUGGUUGCCAGUUCUAGGCGUUUAGUUAGUCGGCGGUGCUUGAAAUAAGUUCAUUCUACCUCAAUCCUUCAUUAAUUUUGUGCGCUUCAUUUACGAACUGAAAGACUCGCAGUUGGCCCAAGAUCAAUUACAAGAAACGAACGUGUAAUGAGCUUGGGCUGCCUGUGAACGACUGAAACAGGCGGGAGACGGUCAUUUGUUUCUAAUGGACCAGGUAGUCCCUAAAAAAACUUAUCAAUUUAUGUUUAAAAUCUAGCAUCUGAGUAAAGAGUGGAAAGUAUGUUCAGUGAGUGCGAUUUCGCGACAGCUGCCAUGCGUCAAAAAUCUUUAACCAUCAGUAAAGUUUGUGGGUCUCAAACAAUUUUCUUUUUUCUCCCUCAGCCCCUUUCCCCC